AUGGAUAAUCAGUUUGUUAAGUUUGUUGUCUCAGCAGCGCUCUUUCUGUUUGGAAUCGUGUCUAUUCUACUCCUGACUGUAUCUAUACAUGAAAUAAGAGAGCCACCGGAGUACAUGUAUGGGAUUGUGCUGGAUGCUGGCUCCUCACACACUGCCUUGUACAUCUACAGAUGGCCGGCGGACAAGUUAAAUGGCACAGGUGUGGUCACCCAGCAUAGCGAGUGUCAUGUCAAAGGAGGAGGAAUUUCUAGUUAUGCUGGGCAGCAGGGUGCAGCAGGCCACAGCCUUGAGGCGUGCUUGAAGCAGGCCAAGCGGGACAUUCCCCCAGACAGACAUCACUGCACCACUGUGUAUCUAGGAGCUACUGCUGGCAUGAGACUUCGGAAGUGA